UGAAAGAAAAUUUGCGAAUAAUUAUCAAAUAUUGGGGUAUAAAAUGGGGCUUCUAGCAGUGGAGGAGCAUCAGUUUUUGUUUUGUGAAGUAAUCGAAAUGUCUCGAGUUUUCAUCUUGUUCCUCCUCCUGGGAGUCUCUGUUGUUUUUGCCGAUGAUGCAGAGCCUGAGGCACCGGCUCCCGAUCCACCAGCCCCUGAGGAUCCAGCAGAUCCACCGGAAGAUCCUACUGCUCCGGAAGGACCCCCAGAUCCAGCUGCAAAUCCCACUGAUCAAGUUGCAGAAGUCAUGGCAAUGUUUGCAGAGAUCAUGGCAGUUAUACAACAGAUCAUGGCAGCUAGUGCUCAAGCCCCUCAAGCACCGCAGUUUCCGGCAAUAAGUCCACUUCCAGCAUUCCCCCCAUUUUUCCCAUCCUUCGCAGCAUGGAAAAGACGUUGAAAUAAAUGAAUAAAGAGGAUUUGUGCAAAGAAAUUAUGCAAUAAUUGUAACGAUUUAAGAAGUCAAUUUAAUAAAAUUAUUAGAAUUGUUUGCA